AACAAGGCAAAAGACAGAGCGUAAAAGUUAGGCAGAAAGAAAGAGACAGGGAAAAAGACAGAGGAAGAGAAAAAGGGGGAGAAAGAAGAGACAGGGGAAGAGUUGGCUGAAAGCAGCUUCUGUCUUCCCUCCCACCCUCUGACAGUCCUCCCCUCCUCUCUGCCUGGCCGGGAGCGAGAGGAAAAAAGAAAAGGAGAGCAGAGAGAAAGACAGAGAGGGAGCUCAACCACGCUUGCUCUUUUAGCGCAGGACUCAGGAAUUCCAGGACCUUUGGAGCUGUGCGCACACAUACACACACACUUACCCACACACAUGCUGGUUUUCGUGUGGUGAUACAGAUCUGAACGGGACACAGACAGGGAGGAUAAGAAAGAGAGACAGAGAGAAAAUUAGAGAAUAGCCCUUUCCAGCCCUUUCCUGUGGACUAUUUGACCAUGAUGGCACCUGCCAAGGGGAAAGUGACUCGGACGGGUUGAGGACUGAAACAGGACACAGGCAGAGGAAGCUGCUGCUGAAGGGCCCUGUUCCCAUAUGUGACAAUUUUGUCUCGUUUUGGAUGUGAGAGGUGAACUUGGUCGUCCUUCCUGGGAGGAGCAGUGGAUCUACCAAGAGAACUCUUUAGAAACAAGGAGGACAUUAUAAAGAUUACUCUGAAUAUUAGCAACUUAAAAGGCAGGAGACUGAAGCUCUGCUAAAGCAAGCUACAAGAGGGAGAAUCUGUUUUGGGCUUGCAAGAUUGAGCUGAUCUCGAAUCCUUGCCAAAAAGGACUGAACACAAACCAGUCCAAGAACAGGUGGACUACAUCUAAUAUACAGACAAAGAGUUUUGCUUUGAAUCAGAAAACAGGACAUUAACAAAACUAGUAGAAAAUAGUACAAAUAUUGGGCAUUAAUGUUUGGUGGCAUCUAGGUUAAGAAAGAUUGAACACCACAAUAGAUUCACUUCACAGACUCAAAUUUUUAGUCGACCGUUGAAAGAAAAGUUUCCUCUAAACGUGUCAAGAUGAUGACCAUGAUGAUGAUGAUGGCGGCCAUGAUGGUCACCUGCAGCUCUCUGUUCCUGCUUGGUCUGGCCGCUGCCCAUGCUUCUUCUAGCACUGUGACCCGCACUUCAUCUUCCUCCUCUUCAUCCUCCUCCUCAUCAUCUUCUUCCUCCUCCUCACCACGCAUGAAGCUCUCAUACAAAGAGUUGCAGCAGUUCCAUGGAGUACGCCGGUUCGAUCUAGAGCGUUCCUGCUGCUUCAGCGCUCUGCUGUUGGAUGAAGAAAGAGGCCGUCUCUUCGUCGGGGCCAAGAACUUCCUGCUGUCACUGUCACUGGACAACAUCGCCAAGCAGGAACACAAGAUCUACUGGCCUGCCCCCGUCGACUGGAGGGAGGAGUGUAACUGGGCUGGCAAAGACAUCACCUCUGACUGUGUGAACUACGUGAAGAUCGUGCACCACUAUAAUCGCACCCACCUAUAUGCCUGUGGAACUGGAGCCUUCCACCCUACCUGUGCCUUUGUAGAGGUGGGACACAGGAUGGAGGACCAUGUGUUCAGGAUCGAUCCCUCUAAGGUGGAGGACGGGAAAGGGAAGAGUCCGUACGAUCCUCGCCACAAUGCUGCCUCUGUGCUCGUCGGUGAUGAGCUGUAUGCAGGCGUGGCCACAGACUUAAUGGGACGCGACUUCACCAUCUUCAGAAGCCUGGGGAAACGCCCCUCCAUCCGCACUGAACAGCAUGACUCGCGCUGGCUCAAUGAACCAAAGUUCAUUGGUUCCUUUUGGGUCCCAGAGAGUGAAAACCCUGAUGAUGACAAGAUAUUUUUCUUCUUCCGUGAAACGGCUGUUGAGGCCCAGGGGCUUGGAAAGUCCACCUACUCCCGCAUUGGACAACUCUGCAGGAAUGACAUGGGCGGUCAGCGGAGUCUAGUGAACAAGUGGACGACAUUCCUCAAGACCCGUCUGAUCUGUUCGGUACCAGGAGCCGACGGCAGCGACACAUACUUUGACGAGCUACGUGAUGUGUUCCUGCUGCAGACAAGGGACAGAAAGAACCCUCUGGUCUACACCGUGUUCUCUACUUCCAGCAGUGUAUUUAAAGGCUCAGCUGUGUGUCUUUACUCCAUGAAUGACAUCCGGAGAGCCUUCCUGGGGCCCUUCGCUCACAAAGAGGGGCCCAACUACCAGUGGGUCCCCUUCCAGGGAAAAGUCCCCUAUCCCCGCCCAGGAAUGUGUCCCAGCAAGACAUUCGGCAGCUUUGAGUCCACUAAGGGUUUCCCAGACGAUGUGAUCCAGUUUGCACGUCACCACCCUCUGAUGUAUAAUCCGGUGUACCCUAUGAGCCGGCGGCCUGUCUUCGUCAGAACUAAUGUGGACUAUAGCUUUACACAGAUCGCUGUGGACAGAGUCAGUGCUGCUGAUGGACAGUAUGAUGUCAUGUUUAUUGGCACAGACAAAGGGACAGUGCUAAAGGUGAUCAAUGUCCCCAAGGAGAGCUGGAAUAAUAUGGAGGAACUUCUGCUGGAAGACCUGGAGGUCUUCAAAGAUGCAUCAUCUAUCAUCAACAUGCAGAUUUCCUCAAAACGGCAACAGCUAUAUGUCGGCUCUGACACAGGCAUUGCCCAGGUUCCCCUUCAUCGCUGCAGUGUGUAUGGGAAGGCCUGCGCUGAGUGCUGCCUGGCCAGAGACCCGUAUUGCGCCUGGGACGGAACAUCCUGUACUCGCUACCUGCCAAACACCAAGAGACGUUUCCGUCGGCAGGAUGUGAGGAAUGGAGACCCCAACACUCUCUGCUCUGGAGACCACCAUAAGCACCGUGUGGCAGAGAGGAAGCUGUAUGGAGUUGAGGGAAGCAGCACUUUCUUGGAGUGUAUUCCCAAAUCCCUUCAGGCCAGAGUCACCUGGACCUUCCAGAAACACCCACAGAACCCACGAGAAGAGGUGCGUCUAGAUGACCGCAUCCUCCAGACGGACAGAGGCCUUUUGAUUCGCCGUGUCCUGAAGAGAGAUAUCGGCAUCUACCAGUGCCACGCCAUGGAGCACGGCUUCACCCAAACUUUACUAGGCAUCACUUUGGAAGUUGUACCCUCAACAUCCUCUUCAGCCUCCAAUCUACCCUCUGAUGCCCCUCUCCGAUUAGACCCCCGCAGUGCAGGUGGGCCCCCAAUGACCAAUCAAAAGCUUUGGUACCGGGACUUCAUGCAGCUGGUGGACCACCCUAAUCUGAACACCGUUGACCAGAUUUGUGAGCAAGUUUGGGCACGCAAGAACGCCGGCAGUGACCCGGUGGAUAAGAUCUUUCCUGCUCCGGGGAAGGACGUCCUGCCUCUAGACCCUGCCGCCCGCCCAGCUAACAAGAAGUGGAAGCAUCUUCAGGAGAUAAGGAAGGGGAGAAACCGCCGGACCCAUGAUGGGAAACCAAACCCACGGGCACCACGCAGCGCUGGGGAGUAACAACGUAGAGCAAGAAAUGGAGCGAGAAAUGAAUGACUGAUACAGGGAGAAAGGAGGAGAAUGACAGAAAGAGACUGAGAGACCAAGAACUCCUGGAGGUGUUCACACAUACAGAUAUACAAGUGCACAUAAACACACACACACACGCACACACACACAGCACCUCCUGUAUUCUGUAUAUUUAUCUAUGGAAGCCCCCACUACAUGGUACCCCAAUCCCUGAGUCCUUGUCCCACUGGCCAGCCCCUGCAUGUGCUGCCUUACUUCCCAAAUUGAUUCUGCACGAUCCCUUUACACUAUUCACUAGCAUAGUCGAGUGUUGAAACAGGUACGUGGGAGUAAACCCAUCUUUAUCUGUGGGCAAUAAACUUACUCACAUGUCAUUCCCUUUGCCACAGUAUGUAAUGUAUAUAUGGAAGGUGGGUUCACAGCACAGGAUGAGCAUAUCUUAAAAAGUUUGUCUCUACAUGCCAGCAGCACUUGUUAUAUGUGGAUAGCGGGUCACAGUACAAACACCUACACUCUGGGUUACACCACUCGGAACAAAAACAAAGUCUCCUCAUGGCUUUUCUUACCUGAAGAUUUAAUAGCAGUGUAGAAAAAUGAUGGAUUUCAGUGUUUCUCCAGAAAGAACGGAGAAACGUGACAACUGGAACAUACUACAACGUAAUGGUCUCUAACUGGAAACACACUUAACUAUUUGUGUGCAAUUUCACAAGCAUGCAGACAAACACUUUUCAAAACACUAUUUCUACAUAAACAGAUGAAUGAAUUGAUCGACUUCCUGUGGUGCUCUUGGUGCACAUAUUUCCAUUAACCUCACUUUCCACAUGGUUUUGUGUGCAUAUUACAUAAUGCAGUCACAGAUGAGCUAGAGAUGCCAGCGACAUGGGGCAGCCUGUGGAACAGAUCAGUGUGAUGCAGAACUGGUUAUAUUAGAUAGUAGGUUUCUUAGUGGUUUCCUUCGGCACACUGAGGCAUGUUGCAGCAAAAUAAAUCACACAAUACAAUGCAGUUACGGUUAGAGAGCAGUCAUAUCUGGCCAGAUAUGAUUAUAUUGCUUUACUGGUCCAAACCACUAGAGAAUGAAGGGUGGAAAAACUACUGGCAUUCCACAAUGUGAGAGAAAGACGAGAUGUUUACAGUACAAAGACAAAGCUGGAGCACAAAGGAGUCAAUCUCUAAAGGCAAAUAAAAGUCCAUAUAAGACCUGGAUUACAUCUGAGCAAGUUUCAAUUAAGUUUUAUGUGGCAUCUUCAACAUACAUUUAUAUUAUAAUUAACCUUGAAAGUGCAUAUUGAGUAAGAGAUUUUACACUAUCCAAAACCUCACUAUAAAAUUCACUAUUUAUUGGUUUUAUUUGACUGUGUUCAACAUUUUAUGCAUUAACAUUAAGGAGAAAUGAACAUGGUGGUUUAGGUGGGUAGAGGAAAGAUCUUAGUGGACUCCAAGUAUGACAACCCAGGUUCCUGGGCUACAGUACAGUAUAUAUAUUAGCAUGAUAUUUAUGAGUGAAACUAUGAUUUUUUUUUUUCCCUUUGUAUUCUAAGUGGUACGUCUACUCCUUGCUCUUUUACACUGUUCUUGCAUAUGUUGUUUAUGAUAAAUACAUAUAUGCAAAUAUUAUGAAAUGACUCCUCAUUCAGCACAGAAAAACGUACAGAAAGCUGUUCUUCUGAGCUACCCACAAUGCAUUUCUGUUGGCAAAAAACAAAACACAAAAAAAACCUUCCAUCUGACUUCAUACACUGUUGUGGUCACUUCUCAAUGUAGUGUUACAGUCAUUAAUAUCAUUGACUUUUGCUGCUUAACGAUGUCAUCUCUUCCUGAUGUACAAUUAGUAUAAUAAGGUCUUCCUUCUCUCUGUCUUUAGUCCAGUCUCUCUCUGUGUAUUAUCUGUAAAGAAACCUUGUUUGUUGGUUGUCUGUGCUAACAUGGUGUGUGUAGCCUGUCCCCAAGUGUCCAUUGUGUGUACAGGCUCAGAUGAAGAGCCUCCCUGUGGUACCAUACUUUAUUAUAUCAUAGUCUAUUAACAUGAAAGAAAGCAACUGCCCUUGUAAGAUGAAAUGUGCAUUUAUGUUUUGCAUUCAUGAAAUCUCAAUAUGAUUUUUAGAAUGGAUAUAGGGUCUAAUUUGUGCUGCUGCCAUAAAUGUCUCAAAAAUCAUAAUGGCUCUAAAAGAUUUCCAGUAUACUCAGACAAAAAUGUAUUUUUGUAACAGUAUUCUUGCUUAUUUGGCUUUGGUGUGUCCAUUAAUUCACACAAAGAACUCCAAGUGCCAAAAUGGCCCUUGGAUCAAAGCUAAGGUUUUUUUGGAAACCAGGUCCUGAUAAUAGGAGGCAGCACAAACUAGGUCUGUGAGUGGAUUUUAGAUGUAUGGAAUCAUUGUCGUUGUUAUUUAUAUACCUUCUUUAUAGAGAUGUAAUUAACUCUUUAAACCGAACUGAACUCAACUGUCUGACGCCUGUAAAAGGGACACUCUGCAUUUUGACACCACAUUCAGGAACAGAUGAUUCAAUGCAAAAAGGAGGCAUAAAAUAAAAAAAAUAAAAAUAAAAAUAAAAAAAUCAAAACUGAGUUUAGCUGUGGGAAGAUGUUGUUGGUCCAUGCAUGCACCAGUACCUGCAUUUAAACCGCAGAAUUAUGGAGUUUAGGCUACUAAUUCACUAAAUGAAGAGUAAAGUUAUUAGUCGUGUACUUCUUUUUCCUUUAAUAAAACAUUAUUUUCAUUGGUAGUGAUGUCAGACUUGUCCGAGUCUCCCUUUUAAGCCAGCUGUUGUUUUGUGCUCUUUUGAAAUUGCAUGACCAAUGUUAGUGGCUGAAGCGUUUGACAAUGGUGUGGUGGUGAGAAAGAGCGAGAGAAAGAAAGCACAAUGUUGAAUAUUAUUAUUAUUCCUAUGUAUUUAUGUGCAAAGAUAAGCUGAUAUGUUGUGGUGGAUUUUUAUUUUUCUUAUACAUGUAGAUUUACAUCUGUAUCGUUCAUGUUCUGCUGAAAAAGGACUCAUCCUCAACAUUUUUUGUACAUUACGGCCAAUGGGGAAUCUCUUCCUGAAAACAGUGUCCAAUUGGUGUCUUUGUUGUUCACACAGCCCUCCAAUCAACACCCUUGUUGUAUCCCAUGCCAUGUGACGCACCCCUGUAUGACAGCUCACCAGGAGAGGCUUGUGUGUGUGUGCGUGAGAGAGAAAUGUGUGCUUGUGGUUUAUGCGUGUGUGAGAGAGAGUUUUUGGGGGAAAGCAGAGCUCUGUAUAUAAUGGCAAAAAACCAGUGGUGUGCAUAUGUAGAGCGGUCUGUUAGUGAAAGUUCAAAGGUCGAAGGCCAAAGUUAACAUGGUGCACUGUAAUACUCCCAGAGGUCUUUGUGAAAUGUCAUGUCAGAUUGUUUUUGAUUAACACAAUAAAAAUAUGCAGU